AUGGAAAAUGGAAAUAAGGAAACAGCCUCGUUUGAGGCCAACCCUCAGCAUCCGGACGCAAAACACGGCAAAGAUCCAGACAGCAGUGCUGUUGAAUCCCUGAAGCUGGAGAGAUCACUAGUAAUGGAGAAAAUCCCUAAUGGUCAUGUCAGAGCAGAUCUGUUGCCAAACGGAGAGGCCGUGGUGGAGGGUCAGGAAACUCACGGAGGCAGCACCCCACCUCUGGCUACUCCUUCCCCGGGCAGCCGACUUGCCAAUUCUUCUCUGAGCGCAGAGCUGGAUCCAGGUUUGGCCUCUUUCCCUGACAGCCUAGAGAAGUCUGAGGCAGCUCUUGCAGAGGGCUCUGUUCACAAGGGUGACGCAUUGCAAUCGCUCAGACUAAGUAUUCCUAUGCAGGAGACUGAAUUGUCAUCGAAAGAGCCAUCUGUGGAGAUGGAAAAUGAAGAAAAGAUCCGUCAGGAAGCUCGUCGGCGUCUAGAGGAACAGCUCAAACAAUACAGAGUACAGCGGCACACAGAGAGAACCCGGCGUUCCACUCCUAAGAGCCGCGCUUUUAGCACUUUGGACCCAGAGCUCAUGCUCCAUCCCGAGGGUCUCCCACGUGCCAAUACUGUUGCUAUGACUAAGGAAUACUCUUUCCUGCGUACCAGUGUUCCCCGUGGUCCCAAACUGGGCAGCCUUGGAAUCCCUUCCAACAAGGAGAAGAAGUCCAAAUCAUCUCGCUCCAACAAGAUCCACUCUCUCGCCGACUACAGAACUUCUGAAUCUGAUGCUCAAAGUGCAGAUACGUCUGGUGGGGUAGUUUCAUCAUCUGGCGACACGUCGUUUAGCUCUCUGCAUUCCACCAUCAGCUCAGUCUCCACAGUUUCGGAAAUCAGCAUCAGUUCUGAGACCAACACCCAUUUGGAAUCAUCUCGGCUAAUCAGAGGCAACAUCUCAGAGGUUGAUGGUAGCGAAUCAGGUUUCAAAGCUGAUGGUAAUGACAGCGAUAGCUCAUCCUAUAGUAGUGUGUCUACUCCAGGGACAUAUAAUAUGUUAGCUGCAAUAGUGAACCGGCCAAAGGCUCCAUAUACUGUCGAGGGGAGAGAGAUUGCGCCAGAAGCCAUGGGCCACUUUCCAUCACUGCAUGAAGUCUUGCAGACAGCCACUGAAGAGAGACACAUUGAAGAGGAAAGAGAGGGCAGUGUGGAGCCUCGCAGUCGCAGGGACAGCUUCUCCAGCAGUGUGUCGUAUGGGAGUUCUGUGAUGGGGACUCAUGAUGAGAUGCUGCAAGUGCUGAAAGAGAAAAUGAGGUUAGAAGGACAACUAGAGUCUCUUUCCUCCGAGGCCAGUCAGGCUCUGAAAGAAAAGACAGAGCUCCAGGCCCAGCUGGCUACAGUAGCUGCUCAGUUGCAGGGCCAGGUAGAGCAGACCCAGGCCAGUCACGAGAAGCAGAGCACCCUCACCUCUGAGGUCACUACAUUACGCUCCAACUGCUCUGCACUGGAGAAGGCCAUGGUGGAACUCCAGAGCAAUCUGGAAGGGAAAAACGCCAGCCUGGCCUCGCUGGGCAGUGACCUGCAGCUGGCUGAAGAGCAGUACCAGAGGCUCAUGGUCAAAGUGGAGGAGAUGCAGCAGAGCCUGAAUACCAAGGACAACACAGUCUCUGAAUUACGGCAGCAGAUGGGGGGCCUACAGGCACAGCUUCAGAGGGUCCAGAGCGAGAGGAACGCUCUGCAGAGUAGACUGAAGACAUCGCAGGCAGAAGUGGACUCCCUGCAGCAGCUGCGCCUCUGGUACCAGCAGCAGCUGACUCUGGCACAGGAGGCACGAGUGCGACUGCAGGGAGAGAUGGCAAACAUACAGGCUGGUCAGAUGACUCAGAUCGGAGUGUUGGAAAAUCUAAAGAUGGAGAAUGUUACUCUGUCUCACAAACUCACAGAGACGAAACAUCAAUCUAUAAAAGAGAAGGAACGGAUUGCUGUGCAGCUACAGAGUAUAGAGACGGACAUGUUGACUCAAGAAGCGGCCAUACAUCAGAUCCAGGAGGCAAAGUCAAUGGUGGAGGAAGAUCUUCAGCACAAACUGGAAGAGUUUGAAGAGGAGCGAGAGCAUCUUCUCAAACUCGCCAACACAGCCACAACACUGGAGAGAGAGCUAGAACAGGUCAAACUCAUUCUCUCCCAAAAAGACGCCCAGCUGGAAUUGCUUCAGCGUGAGCACCUAGAGCUGAUGAAGCAGCUCACCAGCACUCCGGAGACCCUCCAAACCAAAGAACAGUCCCUUAAUCAGCUGGAGGCACGUUACCAGGAGCUCCAGACUCAGCUGGAGGAGCUACAAACUGAUGCCACAGCUAAAGAGGAGACCCUGCAGUUUCUCCAAAAUGAGAAAAUAGUCCUGGAAGUUGCUCUGCAGGCAGCGCGAGCCGAUAAGAGCGAACUGGAUGAAGGAGCGGAAAGGCUAGGAGAGGAAGUGCUGGUGGCAUCAGACACUCUUGACCAGCUUAAGCAGGAACUACAGGUUAAAGCAACCCAGAUUGAAGCUCUCCAGCAAGAGAAUGGCACCCUCAAAAAACAAGCACAGAAACUGAAGGAUCAGUUCAUGCAGCAAAAGGUGAUGGUUGAAGCUUACAGGAGAGAUGCCAGCUCCAAAGAUCAGUUGAUCUCUGAGUUGAAGGCUUCUAAAAAGCGUCUGGUGUCUGAGGUGGAGGAUCUGAAGUGGGAGGUGGAGCAGAGGCAGCGGGAGAUCGAGACACAGAAACAGCAGCUGGAGAUGGUGGAACAGUGUCAUCAGAGAGAGAUGGACAUCCUGCAGGACACUCUACAGAGGAUAAAGGUGGAGCUGGAGGUGGUGCAGGGAGAGCUCAAUGGCACACAGAAGGAUAAAUUCAUGCUGCAGGCUAAAGUGGGAGAGCUGAGGAGUAGCAUGAAGACUGUUCUCCAGCAGAACAACCAGCUCAAACUGGACCUCAAAAACAGCAGGCUCAGAAAGCGGAUGGAUUUAAAGGGGGAAUCCACCCCAGUAACACCAGUAAAGAUCCCAGACUGCCCUGUUCCUGCUUCACUUUUGGACGAACUGUUGAAACCCUCAACAUCCGUCAAUAAAGAACCUCUCAAUAACCUCCACAACUGUCUCAAACAGUUAAAGCAGGAGAUGGACAGCCUUCAGAAGCAGAUGGAGGAGCACACGGUCACAGUGACGUCGCUGGCCAGUGCAGAGGAGGAGCUCCAAAAACUGAGGCUUCAUGACAACAGCAGCAACGAUUUACCAAAUGGAGAAUAGAAUGAUAAGAUAC